AUGGCCUACUACAUGCAACUGCCCACUCUCAGCGAGGUUGUCCCCGCCGACAUUCUCCACGACAAACGCUUUGCGCAAUUCGCUCCUUACUCGUCUGCUCCUCUUGUCAAAGAGGAACCCGCGUCGCCUGCCUGGUCAUCGUACAGUAGCCUCCCCUCACCUGGGAGUGCCUAUUCCUCUGGCAGCCGCACCCCGUCGCUUUCUCCUUCUCCUCCUCCCGUCCACGCCCAGCUCCCAAAGGGCCAGUACGCUACCCAACCGGGCACCGUCUGGAUCUCGCAGACAUCUGCUGGCGCCUCUGCGGGUAGUUAUGUCGCCCACAAUCCCCAGCAGCAGCAACAAAACUAUGUCUGGAUGCCGCCGAACAUGAACUAUCCCGCGCCCUGCGAGCCCAACCCGAUGGUCAGAAGAGGAAGUGGAAGCGUGACCCCAACCCCGCCGAGCUCUAGCCAGGCCUCGCUCGUCGACCCAAAGCAAAACUACAAGCUCGUCGCGUCUGAUCCUGCACACGCAGACGCCAUCGUCCACGUCGCACCCGGCGGUCAACCAAAGCUCCUCAUCGGAACCGCCGCAAGGACCGUGUUGACGAAAUUGACGACGAUGCCUGAAAAUCAACGCGGAAAGGUCGUCUUUUACAAGGUCGUCAAGAACCAGUAG